CUGCACGUGGUAUCAUGGAACGUCAAUGGCCUGCGUGCCGUGUUGAAGAAUCACCCCAAAGCUCUUCCAGACCUCGUUCAGGCGGAAAACCCAGAUCUUUUGUUCUUGCAGGAAACCAAGCUCCAGGCCUCCCACGUGGCCGACUAUGCCAAUCUUUUGCCUGGCUAUACAGGCCUAUGGUCGUGCUCGCGCGCCAAAAAGGGCUACUCGGGUACCGCCGGCGCCACGCCCACUUCAGACUUUCGUGCCCUCAGCGUCCAAUACGGCAUCAAGUCAGCCCAUCAUGACCAGGAGGGCCGUACCAUCACCGUGGAGCUGCCUGACCUCUUUGUUAUUGGCGUUUAUGUUCCCAACUCUGGUCAAGACCUGAAGCGUCUGGACUACCGCCUCAAUGAGUGGAACGUGGACUUUCUCGCUUACAUCCGAGAGCUUGAAGCAAGCAAGCCUGUGCUGGUCGUGGGCGAUCUCAACGUGGCCCACCUCGACCUCGACAUUUAUAAUGCUGGUCACUUGGUCAAGAGUGCAGGUUGCACCCCUCAGGAACGCACCGCCUUUACUGAGUUUCUCGACCAAGGAUUCACCGAUACCUUUCGCAAGCUCUAUCCGGAGCACACGGGAGCUUUUACCUACUGGUCGGCUCGCACUGGGGGUCGUCAAGACUCCAAGGGUCUGCGACUCGACUAUGCCGUUUGCUCCAACGCUCUGCUUGAGGCAAACAGCCCGCUGAGGUGCCUCGAUUCAGUCAUGGGAUCGGACCAUUGCCCCAUUGCCAUCGUGCUGGCUCACCAAUAA